UUUCUUAUAUCUCAAUUAUUUUGUUUACAGUGAAUAAGAGUUGGAAGAUUCGUCACCAUGUCGUUAAUAGAGUACUUGCUCGCUGCGGUGGGAAUAAACGACACGUCGCCUUAUCACGACGAUGGAACUCACCCCAAGGAUUCGGAAAAGGAUGUAUUGACCGCCAAGGCCGUCACCAUGGUGGUUUUAUGCACCGUCAGCACGAUUAUGGGCAUCGUACCGAUGUUACUAGCCAAGUGGUUAAAGUGGGAUAUGAGCAGUCAAAAUCCUAGAUCGAUGAGAAUGGUGGGCAUUCUACUUGGCUUCGGCGGAGGCGUUCUCUUCAGCACGACGUUCCUUCACUUGAUACCAGAAGUGGCGGAAGGCGUGCAAAAUCUGGUUGAAUCUGGCAAAAUGAAUCCGCUCAACUUUUCAUUGGCGGAUAUGCUUGCAUGCGCCGGGUUCUUCAUCAUGUAUCUGGUGGAGGAAUCUGUGCACACGUACCUGAGGAAGCGACAAGCGGGUCGGCAGGAUACCCACAAGAAGGACGUGAAUCGCAGCACGAGCGAAUUGGUGGAGAAGGGUGAGAUGUCGGUGUCGCGCGUCAGCAACGGUCACGCACACGGGGGCCACAGUCACUUACCGGUGAUAGCGAACGACGACGACGACGACGACUUUGUGAUAACUUCGCUUAGAGGCUUAUUAAUAGUACUCGGCUUAUCCGUGCACGAGUUAUUCGAAGGACUGGCGAUCGGCCUGGAGAGCUCCGCCGGUCAUGUCUGGUACAUGUUCCUCGCGGUGGCGUCCCACAAAUUCGUCAUCGCCUUCUGCAUCGGCGUGGAAUUGAUCGCAUCCAGGACCAGGACGUACCUGUCCGUGAUCUACACGUGCACGUUCGCCGUGGUGUCGCCGAUAGGAAUCGGCAUCGGGAUGGCCCUCGUCGGCGGUGGAAGCGCGGCCGCGAGUGGACCGAUGGCGGUGAUACUGCAGGGUUUGGCUUCGGGAACUCUGCUCUACGUCGUGUUCUUCGAGAUUUUGCAGGAACAUCGCACCGGACUGAGGCAAUACGUCUCGAUCCUCGUCGGCUUUCUUGUAAUGUUUGGCCUGCAAAUGUUGACAGGCGCAGAAAAAUUGGGGUAUUCAGCAUUAAAGUAAACGUUCGGUCUCCACGCUCUGUUAAUUGUGUUCUUUGUAUCGAAUGGGGAAUAACUGGGAAAGAAACUGGGAAUUUUAAUAGAUAAGAAAUGCGUGAUGAUACGUCUCGCUUAUUUAUCAACUUAACUUUCCUGUUCGACUCGAAUGCGACUCGAAAUGCACAAUUGAUCUUUCUUCCUACGUAUCAGCCAAGUAGAAAAAUCAAAAUACGACGAUACGAUAAAAAAAUAUUAUUAAACAAGAGAGUAGUAAGUAGUAUGCGAUAAGACACUAAAUCAAUGAUGACGCGUUAAUGACAUUCAGCACUCGAGAUUCUAGUCGAUAUAAUUUUUUCGACUAUA